UGAUGCAAUUUGGUUUACAAAUGAACAGAAACAUAAUAUAUUUCACUUGACAAUUAUCAAUCGUCGAGAGAAGGUAUUCAACCUCAUAUUUAAAAUGAGUAGUCACAAGCAUUUGUUGUUGAUGUCUCGUGAUGUUUAUGGGAACAAUGUCUUGCACUUGGCUGGACUGCUGGCACCUGAAAAUCAGCUAAAUCUCGUUCCUGGGGCAGCCCUGCAGAUGCAGCAUGAGUUACAAUGGUUCAAGGAAAUAGAGAAUAUUGUACAGCCUGCCUACAAAGUGGACAAAAAUUGUAAUGGAGAAACUCCGGCAAUGAUAUUUACUAAGGCUCAUAGGGAACUCGUUAAAGAAGGUCGGGAUUGGAUGAAAGUUGUAGCAAACUCGUGCUCAGUAGCAGCAGCACUCAUUGCCACAAUAGUAUUUGCAGCAGCAAUCACUGUACCUGGUGAUUACAAUGAUGCUGGCCGACCAAAUCUUUACAAACAGAUAGCCUUCACCACCUUCAGUAUUUCAGAUGCACUCUCUUUCUUCUCAUCAGUUGCUGCCAUCAUAAUGUUUUUGUCCAUCCUCACUGCACGCUAUGCAGAAGGUGAUUUUCUUUAUGUCCUGCCCAAAAGGUUAAUAUGGGGUCUUGUUAUGUUGUUCCUCUCUCUGACAUCGUUGAUGGUAGCGUUUUGUGCCAAUGUUUAUCUGGUGUUCUGCGACAGAAAGGCGUAUUGGACACUUGCUCUAAUGUUCGUAUCAUCUUUAGUCCCUGUGUCCUUGUUUGCGUCUUCACAAUACCCCCUCUUAUGGGACUUAAUGGUUUCCACAUACGGCCCCGGCAUCAUCCACAAGGAAAGAACUUUUUAUGAGAUGAUAAGGGAAAAUUUGAAGUUAGUCUGUUACUUUGGCUGUAUUGGAAUUCCUGUCGAAAAUACCGAUUGAUACUCUUUGUUCUUGAUUGUCCCAUGAUACGAUGUAUUUUCUUUUUCCUUUUUUUGUCUUUUUA